AGUAAAGUCAAGUCAGCCCUUCAGAGGUUCAGAAUCACGUAGAGAACCGUGGAACAAAUUGUCCGAGUCGUGGCUACUCUUUUUUUUUUUUUGGGGGGAGAAAAAAACAACAACCUAGGGACAAAAGGACAUCGUCUCCGUGCUUCUCGACAAGGCUCCUUACCAGUCUACCGACCCCCACCCUUUCUGGCCAACAAUCCGACCCCACCACCAGGCCUCAGUUACCCCUUUCCAGCUGGAGGAGGACCCUCCACCACCUCUACCAGUCCAGCCAGGCUGGUCAGUCCACAGCGGUCAGCGGGGGAGUAUCAGGCCAGCAGCCAAGCUGGAGGGAGCCGGAGGAGGGGAGCUGGAGCCGCAGCAGAGGCCCUCAGGGGCCGAGGGCCCGGGCUUCAUGUUGAGGUAUAGAGGCUGUGGUACCGCUGCUACAGAUGCUGAUGGCACCACUACGGAGCAGAUGGAUCCGAGAGAGCAGCAGGAGGAGGAUGAUGUCAUCUCAGACGGACACACGCACAACGGGGUAACUCUGAGGAGACCCAAUGCGCUGGAGUUGCAGAAAGUGACUGAUGGAGAGGAGGAGGAGGAGAGAGAUGGAGGGAUGGACUCUACCUCUGCAGGGGAGGAGGACUUGAAGACUUCAGACGAGGGCUUCAUGGGCAUGACGCCUCUACUACAAGCCCACCACGCCAUGGAGAAGAUGGAGGAGUUUGUUCACAAGGUGUGGGAAGGCCGGUGGCGAGUCAUUCCUCAUGACGUGCUGCCUGAGUGGCUGAAGGAUAACGAGUAUCUCCGCCACGGGCACCGGCCGCCCAUGCCCUCCUUCAGGGCCUGCUUCAAGAGCAUCUUCAGGAUCCACACUGAGACUGGCAACAUCUGGACUCACCUGCUGGGCUGUCUGUUCUUCCUGUGCCUGGGCAUCAUGUAUAUGUUUCGUUCCAACAUGUACUUUGCUGCCCCGUUCCAGGAGAAGAUAGUGAUCGGUAUCUUCUUCAUCGGGGCCAUCCUGUGUCUGUCCUUCUCCUGGCUCUUCCACACCGUUUACUGCCACUCUGAGGGCGUCUCUCGUGUCUUCUCCAAACUGGACUACUCUGGCAUAGCCUUCCUGAUCAUGGGCUCCUUUGUUCCGUGGCUCUACUACUCGUUCUACUGCUCUCCCAACCCCAGGUUAAUCUACCUGGUAGUAGUCUGUAUACUAGGAGUGUCUGCCAUCAUCGUCUCACAGUGUGACUUCUUCGCUAAGCCACAGUACCGCGGCGUCAGAGCAGGAGUGUUUGUAGGUCUGGGUCUGAGCGGUGUGGUCCCCACCCUGCACUUUGUCAUCACUGAGGGCUUGCUGAGAGCCACUACUAUGGGUCAGAUGGGCUGGCUCCUGGCUACGCUCUACAUCUCUGGAGCCUGUAUCUACGCAGCCCGCAUCCCAGAGAGGUUCUUCCCGGAAUGUGACAUCUGGUUCCACUCUCAUCAGUUGUUCCACGUCCUGGUGGUGGCAGGAGCAUUCGUCCAUUUCCACGGCGUGUCCAACCUGCAGGCCUUCCGCUACGCUGCCGGGGCGGGCUGUGAGGAGGACAAUGCCCUGUGAAGAUCCUGCACGUCGUCACGUCAACACACCACCAGGGGGAGACACAUGCAUAUAUAUACACACAUACGCAUAACAGACAGGGGAGACUGAUGGAGGCUCACACACACAACAGACACACAUAACAGACAGGGGAGA